AUGUGCCACAUACUCACGUUCAGCACCGCCAAGAAGCGCAUGUCGGUGGUCGUGCAGCUGUCCGCGACGAGAUGCCGCAUCUUCACCAAGGGUGCGAGUGAGAUCGUGUUGGAGCUAUGCACGUCGCAGCUCCACUUGGACGGGUCCCGGCCGCUACUGUACACGUCGCAGGCGUACCGCACGCUGUGCCUGACGUUCCGAGACGUGGACACAUCGCCCGAUGCAGUCAAGACGUGGCCCGAUGAAGUUGUCGAAAGGGACCUCACGCAUAUCUGCAUCGUUGGGAUUGAAGACCCCGUGCGCGAAGAAGUGCCCGAAUCGAUCCGCCAGUGCAACGAAGCAGGCAUUGUCGUGCGCAUGCCAUUCUUGACGUUUUGCGGGACCCCGUGCUACUUGGCACCAGCGAUCAUCCACCGAAAAACGUACUGGGGCCAGCCCGUCGACGUGUGGCCAUUGUAG